AUGAGGCUCCUCGCCUUAGCGCUCGUCGCGCUGCUGUUUCCCCUCACGACUGUCGCCCAGGAUGACUCCGCGCUCUACUUGGUGCAGCUGCGCUCCGCGCCGUCCGUCUCUGAGUACACGGGCGGCAUCGCGGGGUAUCCCGCAACCGCCGCCGCCGCGCGCUUUUUCAAUGCCGCGGGGCGUCUCUUCCGCCGUCGUCCGCGGAUAAACUUCCGCGGGAGCGCCGUGCGCGCGUUCAAGGACUUUCUGAAGCGGCAGCAGGAGCAGGUGGUGCGGGACGUGAACCUGGCCGCCAACACGCUUCUCUACAGCUAUACGCACGUGUCGAACGGCUUCGCGGCGUCGCUGACGGCGCAGCAGGCGCACCAGCUGGUGCGCCACCCGGACGUGCUCAGCGUCACGCGCAGCCGCGUCGUGCGCCGCCUCACCACCUCCUCGCCCGCGUUCAUGCAGCUGCCGCCGUCGCUGUGGGCGGCGGCGGGCGGGCAGAGCAACGCGGGGGAGGGCGUGGUGGUGGGCAUCAUAGACACCGGCAUCUGGCCGGAACACAAGUCCUUCGCUAACGACUCGACGCACGUGUACGGCAAGGCGCCCGCGCAGUGGACGGGCUCGUGCAUGGUGACGAGCGACUUCCCCGCGACGGCGUGCAACGGCAAGAUCGUGGGCGCGCGCGCGUUCUACGCGGGGUUCAAGCGCGAGAACCACAACCGCCUCGACUCCUCCGCCAACUACGUGUCGCCGCGCGACGACGACGGCCACGGCACGUGGUGUGCGGGCGCGGCAGCGGGCAACGGCGGGCUAGUGCUGGGCAACAACCUGGGCACGGCGAGCGGCAUGGCGCCGCGAGCGCGCAUAGCAGCGUACAAGGUGUUUUGGAACGACGGGCAGUACGUGUGGGCGACGGACGCGGACAUAGCAGCGGCCAUCAACCAGGCCGUGGCGGACGGCGUGGACGUGCUCUCCCUGUCGCUGGGCGCGGAGGACCCCACUGCCACCUACUUCAACGACCUGCCCUACCUCAACGCACUUGCUGCGGGAGUGGUGGUGGCGUUUGCAGCGGGCAACGCGGGGGCGCCGUGGCAGUCGGGGGCCAAGUACCGCACAGUGGACAACUUUGCCCCGUGGUACAUCACCGUCGGCGCCAGCUCCAUCAGCAGAGGAUACCCCAUGUCAGCGAAAUCCGUGGCUGCGGCAUCACGCACCUCCCCUUCCACCACCACCUCACCCGCUGCCACGGAUUCAGCAGCCGCAGCAGCCAAGGAGAGCUCCUCCUCCUCUCAGCGCACCACAGCCACUGAAAAAACUCCACCUGCUGCUGCCAGUGCCAAUACCAGCAACAGCAGCAGCAGCAGCAGCAGCGGCAGCAGCAGCAGUAAUAGCAGCAGAAGCAACAGCAGCAGCAACACCAGCAAUAGCAGCAGCAGCAACCAGGCUAGUGGGGGAGUGGCGACGGUGAAAGAGAGCAUGGAGUUGGUGCGAGCCUUCAUGUCCGGUGUCACUUCGACGGCCACCCGCUCCACGCCCGAGGCGCCCCUCAUCGCGUCCUUCUCGUCGCGCGGCCCGCUCAUGCAAGCCACGGCCAACCCCGCGGCGCCCAAGCCCACGAACGACAUCCUGAAGCCCGACAUCAUCGCGCCGGGCGUGGAGCUGUGGAGCGCGGGGCCAGGGCAGUACCUGGGCGACCCCAACAGCUACUUCACCGCACUCUCCGGGACCUCCAUGGCCACGCCGCACGUGGCAGGCAUUGCAGCGCUGCUGGUGCAGCGCUACCCCAUGUGGACGCCGGCAAUGGUGAUGUCCGCCAUCAUGACCACCGCUGCUGUCAACAACAACAAGGGCUUUGGCAUCCGCGACUCGGCGAGUGAGUUUGCGACGCCGUGGGACAUGGGCGCGGGGCAUGUGAACCCCAUGGGGCUGCUGGACGUGGGGCUGGUGUACGACGCCGAUGUGGUGGACUAUAAGAACUUCCUGGCCGGGCAGAACCUCGCCAAGGCCAAGGCGGCGUUCAAGGGCCUGGCGGUGAAGGCAGUGAAGCCCUACAACCUCAACCGUGCCUCCAUCUCCGUCACGCGGCUUGUGGGGACGGUGGUGGUGUCACGCGAGGUGACGAGCGUGGGCAAUGCGACGAGCACGUACAAGGCGGUGGUGGAGGUGCCGGAUGGGGUGGCGCUCACGGUGAAGCCCGCGAGCUUUACCAUCGCGCCCAACGAGACGGUGCCCUUCAAUGUCACCAUCGUGGCCAACCGCACGGGCAGCACGGCCUUCUCGUACGGCAGCCUCACGUGGCGCGACCAGUGGGGGCACGCCGUGCGCUCCGUCAUUGUGGUGCAGCCGCUCAAGCUCAAGUGA